GAGCAGAGGCCGAGGGAGGGGCAAACAGGUCGCUGGCAGUGCAGGAUAAAGCUCCAGUAUAUUUGGUGGAGGCCGCGCUGGUGCCGUGACGUCUCCGAGCCGCUGAGGACAACACCCGACUCCCGGCCGCUGCGUCGACGGCUCCUUGUGAGAAGACAUGUCUGCACCAUGUCCCCCAGACACUCCGCCAACUGCUCCAGGACCCUAUGGCAGCAACAGGAAAUUGCAGCAGACCCAGGCACAAGUGGAUGAGGUUGUGGAUAUCAUGAGAGUGAAUGUAGACAGAGUUCUUGAACGAGACCAGAAGCUGACAGAGCUGGAUGACCGGGCUGAUGCACUGCAAGCAGGGGCGUCGCAGUUUGAGACCAGUGCUGCAAAACUAAAACGCAAAUAUUGGUGGAAGAACUGUAAGAUGUGGGCAAUCUUAAUAGCGGUCAUCCUGAUCAUCAUAAUUAUCAUAGUUGUUUGGCAGACCUCGUAAGACUGACCAAAUUCUUGCCUGUUGGAAAUUGGAGGUGGACUUUAAGAUUUCAGCUCUACAUCUACUGUUUUUAAAAUAGUUCAUUUUUGUCUCGGCUUAACAUGAUUAAACAUUGGAGGGAAUUAUUGAGUAUAAUCAGGAGUUUAGAAUGUUGUAAAUUAAGUAUUGAUCUUGUCACCUGAAACGUGUCCAUCACACACUGAACUUCAGCGGCAUAGUUUCUCAAUCUGUUAAUUGAUAAUAGCACCAUCUUCUUGGACUUGGAUGGGACCAAAUUUCUUUGGGCAACUUCAAGUCUUAAUGCUUUAAUCUAGUGCCUCGUUAUCCUGGCCUGAAGUUACCUCAAGAAUCAACUCCUGAUCACGGCCAAACUUCAACGUAAUUGUCUGUAUUUGUCUUGCUGAACUUUUUUUUUUUUCUUUCCCCCCCCCCCCCCCCCCUCCCCCACUUCCAAGUAAUGCCCUAACUCAAAUUUUUUAUUUGAGUAAACGGUUCAUCAAGUUGAGGGUUAUUAGAUGAAGUCAGAUUGUGUCAUGCCAACAUUUGAAUUGGCUUCUGCUCGAGUAAUGAUUGAGCAAAGGAUCAUGAGUGCUAAAUGGAGACAUGGUUUCUCUGUACCUCAAACCUUGAAGAAUACGCUGGACAAGGGGUGCACGUGAUUACCUCAGUCUGAUUGCACAGAAUACACAGCUUGCCACCAAUUAUAGUGUUGCCUGCUGCAUCUGUGUUAUUGUAGAAAGGGAGGAUUCUUCACCAAAAUGGUAUUUCCUUGUCUAGAUGUUUUAUAACUCUCCAUUGAAGCAGAGUGGCCUGUAUAUGAAGACCUUUGCCCUAUUCCUGUUUCAUUUGACACUUGAGCAUUAUUAGUUUAGAACUCUCCUUUUCCAGAUGGGUUCUUUUAAAAGGUUGAAUGAACUAUUUGCCAACUCUUAUCUCGUGGAGAUUUGUUUGGAUUUCACGCUGUACCUCCAAAUUGCUGGAUUAGAGGAGAAUGGAAGAUCUACACCACUAAUUAGUGAUGGGUGUGGUCUAGUUAAAAUCCAUCCUUCCAAUCUCAACAGGAAAAUUCAAAGACUCCUUAAAUUUGCAGUGCUAGGUUUUAGCAACCAUGUUUUUUUAAGAUAUGCCAGUUGCCUGAUUUACCUUGAGAGCUUUUCUAUAAAAUAGCCAAGAACCGUUUGAUUAUCUUGUGCCUUAACUGGUCUUCAUCCUGGUUUGAUGUUGUGAUUUACUGGAUCGCCACUGGAAAUCUGUGCCUUUCUAACUUGAAAUAGACUUUCUUGAACCAUGUACAAAGCUUGCUACGUGACAAGGUAGUGUUUUUGGUACAGUUUACUCCGAGCACAAAGGGGAGAAAUGUUUGGUCAUGUACACUAUGUGGUUACUACAGAAGUAGAUUUGGCUCUAGACUUUGCUAAAUAUCUUUUUCCACUAUAAGCCCUUAAAUUAAUUACUGCAUCGUUGACGUGGGUUCACAAAUCCGUAUUCUUUCUGCACAAGUUUUCGUUUUUAAAUCCUUGUUGACCUUGUCCUAAAGUCCUUGACAUCUAAUCGAUCUUGAAGUGCGAACUCCUGCACAUCUUGAUGGCUACACCAAACAGCAAAUGAGCUGCACUGUAGACCUGUGUGCCAGUUGGGUCGGUUCACUGCACUUGCCAUUCAAUUUCGUAGUGAUAGUUUUGGUUAAAAUUUGUCCAGCACUUGCCUUUGCAUUGCACUUUGGGACACUGAACAGUACAUUAGUGAUGGGGAUUCAGCUUGCGACUGCAGUUUUAGUGACCUGAGUGACAGUUUUUAUGCUUUGUGAGAUGCUCCUUCAUUUUGCAUCUUUCCAUAUAAAGGGUCAGGCAGAACUGAUAACUUGCCUUUACCAACUCUGCUGCUGAACUGCAGAAUUGACCCAAAGUGUGUGCAAUGUGGAUGAAUUGAUUCUUGAUGAUUGUUUGUUACAAUUUAGGCUUUGGUUUAAAAUCAGAAUUUGAAUGAACCAUCACCUCGGGUUCAAUAUUGGUCUGCCAAUUUUUUUUUUUUUUCUAACUUUUUAAUGGAAUUCACUUAAUCAGCAGUUGGGAUUUGUAAAUUGAGAUGAUAAUUGUAAACUUGAGCAGGUGCCUUAAUGGCUUCAGCCAGCAAGUUUGAUGUUUUAUUGAGCUUGGUUCUUGUUGCCUUGUGCAGUAGUUACUGCCACUGGGACUUGAUCCCAACCGUUACCAAAACCCAAACAAGUGCCUCUUGCCGAGAGUGCCCCACUUAAUUACACUAUUACAAAGCUUGUCCAGGGUAGCAAUGUGGCUAGGCCUGUUCAAUUGCAUUUUACGACAUGAAAAAUUUAAUAAAAUAUUUCACAAUCUGAA